AUGUCGCUCAGCGCCCCCAGCCGCCGCGGUGGGCCCACCAAAGGCGGCGCACGGCGCAGCGAGAACAACAAAAUCUACGCGCACCCUCUCCCAGUCAUAGUCGAGCCCGCGCCGUCCUCGUACAUCACACGCAUCCUGGACUUCUUCGGUAUCUCCAGCGCACGCGUGCUCAAUCCGCACUGCACGGGUGUCUACGAUCCCGACACGCGCUCCGUGUGGGUGACCGACCCGGGGGACGCGAUCAUUCUCUGGCGGAGGGGAUUCUUUGGAAAGGGCGACUUGUCAAGGAGCGAGCCGUCCUGGCAGAAGAGGCAGAUCGGCGCGAGGAAGGCUGCUGCUGGCAAAUAUAUGACCGCUGAAGAGAUCAGAGAAAAACGCAGAGCGGAGCGCCAACAGUUCAAGCUCGAUCGCGCUGCCGCCAUGGCACAGGCAUCUGCAGAGGCAGAAGCCGCGUUCGCUGAAGGCCGCGAAGCCAAUAUCACCACCGUCAUUCCCUCCGGCGCGACGUGGAAACCACAGCAGUCUGUUACAGGAGAAGCUCCGAGCCCAUCACCCUCUCCAAUACCAGAACAAGAACCAGUCGACGAGGCAGAGGAAGAGCCUAUCUCUGACCUCGAGCACCUCCAGCUUACGCUUCAAGAAGCCUUCUUCCUCGCAUGGACACUCGACUGCCUCACCAUACUCGACCCUACAACGUCCGAGCCCAUGAUCCUCGAGCAGAUUUGGCAGGUCUUCCAGAGUGCGCAUCACAUCCGGCAGGUGCCCCCAGACGUCUAUGCCAGGAGGUUCGACAACCCAUUCCUCGUGCACUACGCCGCAUACCACUAUUACCGCUCACUCGGCUGGGUGAUCAAGGGUGGCAUCAAGUUCUGCGUCGACUUUCUGCUGUACAAACGCGGACCUGUAUUCCAUCAUGCCGAGUUCGCAGUCAUUGUGCUUCCCGUGUACGAAGACCCUGCAGAUCAGGAAUCGUCCCCAUUCGAUCUUGCCAACUCGGCUCCCUUCUCCUGGACCUGGCUCAGCACCAUCAACCGCGUCAAUUCCCAAGUGCAGAAGACCCUCAUCCUAACCUACGUAACAAUCCCCGCACGCUCGCGGAUCUCACCCGAGCUCCUCUCCUCGCCAACAUGCCUCGAACAAUACUCUGUCAGAGACGUGGUGCUGCGACGGUUUAUUCCAGCACGCAUGCGAGAUUGA